AUGUCAGAGCGUGGGCGUGGUCGCGGUGGUGGUGGCGCGCGUGGGCGUGGUCGUGGGCGCGGUGGUGCACGCAACUAUUCGAAAUCCCAGCCGCGUGAUGUGACGGGUGUGAAUAAGCUGAAGAGCAUUAUGCGGCAGACCAAGCGUCUGCUGAGCAAGGACUCUAUUACACCAGGUGCGCGUAUCGAGGCAGAACGACGACUCCUUGCCAUUGAACGGGAGCUUGAAGAACGUGCACAGUCCAACAAGGAGCGCACAUUGGCGGCACGAUACCAUAAAGUCAAGUUCUUUGAACGUCAGAAACUGGUCCGCCGUAUCAAGCAGUUGCUGCGUUCGAUCGAUGCAUCAGAAAAUACAAAGUCGUUGCGUGCAGAGUUGUACGAAUCGCGCGUGUUUUUAAACUAUGUGUUGCGCUAUGUGGCCCUGUUUGGCGAUCGCGGCGCGAAGAAGCCUAUUGCGCCUGGUGCGAAUGCAUCUGAUCGGGCGCAGAAGCAGGCUGCUGAAUUCCUGCAUCAUAAUGACGAUGACGAUGACAAUGUCGAUGAUGUCGACGACGAGGAUGAUGUCGAUGACGACGAUUCUAGCACAUCGGCUGACGACGACGACGACGACGACGACGACGCUGAGCAAUCUACACACAAAGGACCAAAGGGAUCACUCGCAGACGAUGAUUUCUUCUCGCUCUAA